AAAUUAUUUCGUAUAAAGAACAACACUUCAAACGGUUUUUCAUAUUUUAUAUUUAUACAAGAUAUUUCUUGAGCUUUGUUACUUUGCUAAAAAUUUUGUUUCUUUACUAUAGUAAAUUUCUAUCGAUUUUAAAUAUAGUGUAUUAUAAUGUUGGAUAUAUAUUCGCUGCAAUUAAUUAUGUAUAUCUUAUUUAUAUUAAUGAUAUAAUUUUUUUAUCAAUAAUUUUCAUAGAAUCUUUUAUUUGAGAACAGCAACAAUAUUAAAAAUAUAUAUGAUUGCCAAUACGUUGAAUAGAUAUGAAUGCUAAAAAGAAGUGUCGCAUAAAAAUAGCAAACGUGAAAAUGAAGAGAAUUUGCAGUUUUACAUUUUGGAGAAUAAAUUUUAUAUCGCAUAAUUUAUUCGUAUUGCAGGAAAAGUCAAAAAAACACACAUAGUAGCAUUCCACAACCAAUCAAGUUUUGCAUCAUACGUGCAUUUAUUGGUGGUAACAUUGAAAACAAAAUGUAAUAUCUAUUCAUAUCUUGUGACAGAGAUUAUCCAACAGGGAUAAAAAUAUAUUUACAUUCAACUAAAUAAAAAAAUUUUUUUAACAAGCUUUAUUUGGCAACAGAGCUAUGAUGUCAAAUGCUAAAUGUCAGAUGCAGUGAAAAAAACCCGCAUUAUAAUUUAAAUUGAUUAAAUGGAUUUACUUAAGACAUGAGGAUAUAAGAUAAAAGAAUAUCAAUUAAACUAUAAAAAGAUCAAAAUUUGAUUGAAAAAUGUAAAAAGCCAUGCAAUAAAGAAAAUUUCAAUGCAACCACUCAAAAUAAAUUUUCAUAUGUUGUCGUAACAAAGGAUACUAUUGUUACGCAUUGUUUAACAAAAUACUAAAAAAUAAUUCUUAUAGUUCAAUAAUUCUAGGAAAACUAGCGGAAAUUAACAUUGAUCGUUUCAAUAAUAAGAAAAUGUCAUAUAUAUAUAUAUAUAUAAAGCGAAGAAAGUAAGGAAUGACAAGAACAUUAUUUUUAUGUCACAAUAUAAUAGAAGUAGCUAUGUGUAAAAUAUUGUACAUAGUAUAGACUAGUGGAAAGGAAAAUAUUGUGAAUAUUUGACUUAUAUAAUUACACCAAUUUGUCUAUAAAAUAUCAUCUGCGAUAUACAUCCUCGCUACUUAUUCACGAAUGAAAACUGUGCAGUGAGAAGAGAAGGAAGAAUAGGCUGUGUAAAAUAUAACGACGAGAGAAGACGUUUACACGAACUUUUUCCUAAAUCUUCAUUUCAUGGUAAUCCGAUGUCUUAUAUAAUUAAUAUAUAGAAUAAUUCUGUAUUUGUAAUAAAUCUCUGAUGUGAGAAACUGUAAUAGACUUCGAUUUAUAUAUACAAAAAAAUUAUUCGCGUAUGAAUAAAAUGAAUUCAAGAUUUCAGCGAAAAAUAGCAGUAUAUUAAUAUUGAAAAUGAGGAGAUUGAGAUAUCUGGAAGCAUAUUUACGAUGACAGCGCUAAUCAAAACUUUUAAAUCUGCCAUAUAGCGUCUUUUUAACAGGACGCAUACUUAAGUAAACCUUAUGCGAAUGGACGGAUUUUGAUCCAUCGCGGAUUAUUUUACCAUAAAUUCAAGUAUUUUAUUUUAUUAGCGGAGACGACGCAAUGACGUCAUUGAAUCUUGGGUCGAUCAAAAUUCGUUUUAAGAAACGCUAUAAAAAAAACUCGUUCUAAAAAAAACCAAGGAUUUCACUUUCAUAUAUUUCGGGGAUUUUCCAUUAUCAAUUGUCACAGACAUAUGACAACAGCCUGUAUCGUACAGUACAUUUUGUUUCAUAGGCAAGGUAUAUUUUUUUUUAUUUCGUCGUAGCACAUGAAAAGUUUUGUAGCUUUACCGGCUUUAGCUUCAGUCGUGCAUAACUUCGCCGCAGAAUUUUCUUACAAUAUCGUGAAGUGUAUAUCGUAAAUUGUAAAAUAAGAACGCUAAAUUCUUUAUACAAAUUAAGCAGUAUUUCCGUUGAGAUUUUCGCAUGGUAACAAUCGAACUGUCAGAUUGAAAACAAACAAUCGAACGCGUGUUAUAAAAGCGCUCUACACAACCAUGGCUACGUUCCGUAAAGCGCAUAUACACGAUUCUCAAUUGUGUAUGUGUUGCUCGGGUCUUUUAUCUGCCAGCUCUGUGCAUUACCAUAUUAAUAAACAACGGUGUUUAUUUCUCCUGAAAGUCAAAGUUCACAAUGGCAGCCCUUAAAUCGAAAAAUGAUGAACAAGGAUUACAUAAAAUCCAACCAAAAAAGAUAUUCGAGUAUCUCAACGCAUAUGUCGUGGGGCAGGAGUAUGCAAAAAAAGUACUCAGUGUUGCUAUUUAUAAUCAUUAUAAACGAAUUUACAAGAAUCUACCUGUACAAAAAUUACAAACAAACGCUGAUUUGCAAAAGAAAGAGAAAAAAGAAGAUUGCAUGUAUAAAGAUGUUUAUAGAAACAUAAAAGUUGCAGAAGUGAAACAGAAAUCUAUGUUAGACAGCAAAGAACAGCUUAAAUUGAAGAAAAAUAAUAUAAUGUUAAUCGGUCCAACAGGCUCUGGAAAAACGUUACUCGCACAAAAAAUGGCGGAAUUUCUAAAUGUUCCAUUUGCUAUCUGUGAUUGUAGUAGUCUUACACAAAGUGGAUAUAUAGGGGAAGAUGUAGACAGCAUCGUCGAACAGCUUUACCACAAUGCUAAUAAUGAUGUAAAUCGUACCGAAGUGGGCAUUAUUUUUCUAGAUGAAGUUGACAAAAUAGCAGCUACCAGAGGUGUCUGCCAUGACGUAGCUGGAAGAGGUGUCCAACAAGAAUUGUUAAAAAUAUUGGAAGGAAAAAUCGUAAGCAUAGGGAAAAAAUACAAGCGUUUUAGUGAAAAUGUUGGAAGUGAUGUACAAGUGGACACUACAAAUAUUCUUUUUAUCGCGUCCGGUGCUUACAGUGAGAUAAACAAGCUAAUCAUGCACCGCAUAUACAAAGAUCUCGAAGUUGAUGAGAACGAUUCCACAGAGAGCAAUAAUAAAAAGAAUAAUAUACUACUGCAAGUUCAAACGAAAGAUCUUAUCAAAUUCGGCAUGAUACCUGAAUUUAUUGGCAGAUUUCCUGUGCUCGUGCCCUUCCACGCUCUGGACAAGGACAUAUUAUUAAGAAUUCUUACGGAACCGAAAGAUGCGAUUAUUUUUCAAUACCAGGAGUUGUUCUCAAUGGAUAAGGUGAAAUUGACGUUUGAUUCUGAAGCCUUAAAAGCAAUUGUCUCCUUCGCAAUUGAAAAGAAAACGGGAGCGCGAGGUCUUCCAGCGAUAAUGGAGGCUUUACUCUUAGAACCCAUGUUUGAAAUACCGGGAAGCGAUAUAAUGUCGGUUCACAUAACAGAACAGUGUGUGAAAGGCCUAGAGAAACCACAGUACAUGAGAAAAAACGACAGAGAGGAUGAUAAUAAUGAGAAUACUGAUAAUAAUGAGAAUACUGAUGAUAAUAAGAAUACUGAUAAUAAUAAGAAUACUGACAAUACUGAAGAAUAAUUAAAGGAUAUAUUUUGAUUUUUGUUUUCUCUGUAGAAAAAGUUUAAGUUUUAUUUUCAGGUAAAAAUUAAAUAAGAAU